UAUAUAUAUAUAUGUGUGUGUGUGUGUGUGUGUGUGUGUGUGUGUGUGUGUGUAUAUAUAUAUAUAUAUAUAUGUAUGUAUAUAUAUGCAUACACACACACACACACAUUAUCCAAACAAACCUUUUAUUUAGGAUGCGAUUAAUCCUGUGACGGUAGUUUUUUUUAAAAGGCAGAAUUAGUUUUAAAAUCAGUUCUUCCCCAUUCAGAGCAAGUGUUGAAUUACGCCAUCAGACGCAUGUUUGAAAAUGAUUCACGUUACGUUAUCCGCUGAGAGUAACCGAGAGCCUUCCCUCAGAAACACCUUGACAAUUAGAACUUCCAAAAAUAUCUUUUGUAUAUUGUACAUACUUAAACAUACUUAAAGAAAUUUAAUUACGAUCUUCAGAUAUUUAUAUGUGACCAGUAUUUACUUUUGUUAAUUCCUGAAUUCUGGACAGUUAUGGAUAAAAAUUAGCAAAACGUAUAAAUAUGUCGGUUGUUUUAUCGGGGAUGAGUAAAUCAUCUGGAAUCCUGAUCAGUUUCCAAGCACUGUUAUUGAGUUUUUAGGGUUUUUUUUUUGUUUUAAGUGUCGUAAUCUGUCCUCAAGAUGAGUUUAACCUUUUUUUCCUGCAUCACAAGUGUGACAUAAAGCAAUUUAACGAUGUUUUGUUGAUAUGAAAGUAAUUCUGCAAUAGCUUUUUUUAUUUUAUUUUAUUUUAGCAGCAAUGAAAACGGCGUUUUUCUUCCCGAGUAAUUGCUUCAGAUCAUCACGGCCAUUAUUUAUAAGCUGUUAUGUGUUUGUUCUUUUUCUUUUCCGUUUUACCCAAAAGCGUCUUAACAUUUUUACUCAAAAGUAGUUUAAUCUGAACACAGUGCACACUUUGUGUCUUUUGUAAGCCAACAUAUCCGACUGGGACGUACAGAGGUUAAAUAUUUCCUGCGGAAUCAAAAGAAAUAAAUUCUAUUUUGCUAGAAGAAAAUUAAGCCUAUUUUAGGAUGAUAAGAUCGCGUUGUUGUUGUUUUGUGGGCUUAAUGAUCUCAUCCGUACAAUAUCGUUUUUCAUUUAUCUUAAUCUUGUGUUGAAAUAUGACCUGGGCGUGUUUUUGACGGGUUUCGUGAGAAUCACUCCCCGAGCGAAGUACUCUUUGAUUCGAUAUUUUUUCCUUUCUCGUGUCAGAGACGCAGUAAGACUUCUGUUUUGGUUUAUUUCCUCGAGAUGAAGGAAGAUUGACCAAAGUGCUUUUUGCAGACGCUGGCGCUUUAGACUCCCUUCGCACAUUUUAAGAGUGUUGGAAACGGUUUGAAAUCAGGGAAAAACGUUUGAGAAAAGCGUCUUUGGGGAGGCGGACGUGGCCGUGAACCGAAAGACUUGAUUUGAAGCAUUUGAAGAUUGUAUUACUCUAUUUAUUUCCUGUGAGCGUGUGAGGAAGCGGCCCAUUGGAUCCGAAGGCGGUGUUCGUGCACUGAACUCUACCUCUGCAUAGAGUCUCCGUUUCUUAUUUAAUACCUCUCUCUUGCUCUUUCUGUCCGUUUCUCCGUAAUCUUUCUCAUUUUCGUUGCAAUUACGAAUUCGGAUCGCUUUCGGGAACAUUUAUACUAUACGUGGUUUCCUGUGAGAGAAAAAAAGAAGGAAAACUGCUGUAGACUUUUUAAUUUUAUGUUCGGUCGCCGGUCGUAUGCCUGUUAUUAUGAAUAAUACAUUGUUGUUGUCAUUUGUUUCUGUUCCAAAGUUCCAGCCCUUCUUCGGUAUGUUUCCAGUGUGUGCCAAAGGCUGAAUCCUAUCUCCUAUGUAUGAUCUUAGUUGAUUCUACUUUCUGUUUAACUAAGUGAACCCAGUCGCCUGCGGCAGUCCGCCCGGGAGCUGGAGGCUACAAUGGUCGCAUGCGUUUUUUUUUGUUCUCGAACUAUGAUUUCAACUGAUGCUCCCAGUUCAGAAGCAAUGUUUAGAAACCGCCACAAGAAUAAACUUUUAAAAGUUGCAAUAAAAAAACGAUCGAAUGUGUUUUUUGUGAGUCUCGUCACAUUAUAUAAAACGUAUAGGAAGGACUGGGUAAUAUCGUUUUAGUUUAGUACAUUUCUUCUGAACCCCAUUAAGUGUUAAGUGCAUGGGUAAAAUGUAUAUCUUCCAAUUAUUUCCAGUAUUGCCACAAUCUAGAAAUUGAGAUUUAAAAUAACUAAAUAAAAACGUAACAGCUGAUUGACAUUUUUAUUUUAUUUUUUGACUGAAACUAGUGAGCAAAUGAGUCUCAAUUUUGAGUUUUAAUUUUCAUAGGUUCUUAGGUAUUUCAGUGUUACAGUAAAGCUUUUCUGCUUUCGAUGUGACUCUUUAGCGUUUCUCAAAGAGUUUAUUUCUUUCAAAUUGCAUCGAAUAGUGGUCAGCGUUGAAGGACAUCAUUUACUUAUACUGUAUAAAAUCAAACAUACUGUUCGUUUUUUGAAGAUCCAGAAUGUUGGAGCUAGAAAUGUUUGAUGCAUUUUACUAGCCAACCGUAAUUCGCACGGCACCUCGUUUCAUAAAAUGAAUAGUUCAAUGACGUCCAAAAAUAGGCCGACUCUAACGGCAAGCCAUUCUGAAGCGGGAGCAUAUGGCCCAUGUGUCUGUAUCCUGAGUCUUCAGGCUUUGCACCUCUAAAUGUGUCCCUAGUGAUCUACUCCGCUGCUAGUUAACUUUAAAAAAUGUCUUUAUCUAGCGGCUCUGCUAAUCCAAUUACAGAGAUACAGAGGCAAAAAAGAUACAGUAGUUGAAAUACUGUAGACUGUAAUAAGUCAUCUGGAACGGGCGGUAUCUGUUCUAAAUUGUCAAUCACCGCAAAUGUGUGCUGAAAAGAACAAAUUUGGUUAGACUUGCAAAUGCUGUAUGAUUUGCAUCGUCUCUUCAAUGCGGGCAUAAAAUAAAACGGUUGUUCACCUGCUUGCUUUUAAAAAAAAAAAGGAUGUAAUUUUCUGUGCUCCUAGUGUAAUCAAUCUGAUAAACACGCUCCAAAAAAAGAACUAAUUUCCCUACUUGAGUAUCCAAGACAGAUUAAUAAUAACAUUCGAGCAGAGUGUCUGACGCUUUUAUUUUUGCAAAUAUGUCAGAAUGAAUGCAUUAACGUCUUAAUUUAUAAAGUGACUGCGAGGUUAUUCUCUGACUAACAGGCCUAAUUUUGGUCCGACGCAAUUUCCUUCUCGCAGUAAAUGUUCGCCACCCAAGCAGCUGCCAAUAUAAGUCUUCAUUCAUUAGAACGCAAGUCCUUCAAACUCUAUGUCCAUAUAUCCCUCAUUCAAAGGUCAUUUACACAGGGCUAAAAGCUUCUAAAGAUUCCACUAUGAUCUACUCUGAUCCCAUGGCAUUCAGUCACGCCAAACGCCUCAAGGACAGAGCUAAAGAGGGGAUUCUGUUUAAUAAUGUAAUAAUAUUAGAACCACCUAGUGCAUCUCUGACAGAAGGCAGCCCAAAAUGUCCUUGAAGAAGUUUAAUUCAUUAUCCGUAUUAUCUGUAUUUGCACAAGUAUGCAAAAGUCGGUAACGCUUUAGCGAAGGUAACGCUGUUAACUAUGACUUUUUCCCUUAAUUUGCUGCUUAUUAAUGAUUAUUAAGUUUAGGUAUUAGGGAUUUAGAAUAAGGCUUAAUUGGCACUAAUAAAUGGCUAAUAUUCUAAAAUAUGCAUGCUAAUGAGUAACUAAUAGGUGUAUCCCUAAUAUAAAGUGUCACUCUAAGUCCCCUAAAAAUAUUAAAAUACAUUAAAUUCACGUCAACACGGGAAGUCUUUGCUAAGGGUCCUACCACCCAAGACCUCAAGCGACUUGACACUGAACUGUCAUUGAAAUGCUUUCCAUCAUACACUUAAUACGGUUAUUUGAUGCCUGAUCCAGAUAGUUCUUCUCCUGUAAGGACAAACAGAGCCCAAAUAUCACAGCAAGGCUUGCGUGCCGACAUGCCUUUGGUGGGUAAGAAUAGCUUCACAAUGGAGCUCACGUCUCUAGUCUUCUGUUGUCUGGGAACAGUUGUUGUCAGGACAGAGGCAGAGGUAAGAUGGGAAGCCAAGUUGGUGGAUACGCCUGAGUCUUACCGUUGCGGAUCCCAACCUGGUGUGCACGACCUGACCGGGAAUUUCAGUGCUUGUAAAUGGGGCUUAUUUUUAAUACCCACUUGGACUGAGUUUAAUACAGACUGUAAAAUCUUUUUCUCGUGUGGAAUCAAGUGAGCUGUGAGUUGACCUGUGGGACAUCCUGGGUGUGGAGGCCUAAAUCUGCCGGCAUGGCUAAACAGACUGCAUCUGAAAUUAUCUUCACGACGUUGAACCAUAACAUCACCCUCAUAGGGAAAGCAUGGCUCAUCCUGGUGGUAUUCCUUAGAAUCCUGGUUUUGCUGUUUGCUGGUUAUCCCCUCUACCAGGAUGAACAGGAAAGAUUUGUGUGUAACACCAUUCAGCCCGGUUGUGCCAACGUAUGCUACGACAUGUUUGCCCCUCUUUCCCUUUUCCGAUUCUGGCUUGUGCAGCUCUCCACCCUGUGCCUUCCCUAUUUCAUGUUCAUCAUCUAUGUGAUCCACAAAGUGAGUUCAGGUCUACCUGCUGACAUCGGAACUUCUGAGUCCAUAAAAGCAGACGCCAUCUACAAGAUCCACCAAGAAUCAUUCAGGAAAGCUUCUCUUUGCAAGACCGUCAUGAAGGCCGAGAAGGGACGGGUGCGGUUCUUCACAGGAGCCUACAUCUUGCAUCUGUUGCUUCGGAUGCUUGUAGAAGCUGGAUUUGGAGCUGCACAUUAUUACUUGUUUGGCUUUCACAUCCCCAAACGCUUCAUGUGUCAGCAGCCACCUUGCACAACGAUGGUGGACUGCUACAUCUCUAGACCCACUGAGAAAACCAUCAUGCUGAACUUCAUGUUGGGGGCAGCUGCUUUGUCCUUGCUGCUAAAUGUGUGCGACCUAAUCUGUGCCAUCAAGCGCUCCGUGAGGCAAAAAAGCAAAGGAAAGAUGCUAGUAGAGAAAAUGUACUCCGAGGAGCAGUACUACUUGUCAGGGAACGGGAAUCAAGGUGUGGACACCAGCAUCCAGUCGACUCACGAUGUUAUGGGACCGGGAGGGUUCCGCAAGCGAGGUACCAGAAACUCGAGUGGCGAUGAAGCUGCUUCUGUUCUCUUGGACGAUGACCCUCCACUACCCUCUACUCUUGCAGGAAUCCCUGCAAUAACUGGAAUGCCUAGUUCUAACAACAAUGACGACAGCAGCAGCUACCAACCCACCCAAGAAGAGGGGAUGAUAAGAGACGGCAGCGAUGUGGCACUGUACCCCAACGGACCUUUGGGGACUCCUAGAUCCAUCCGAGUUAGCAAACGCAAUCGCCUCAAACCUCCACCACCUCCACGAAGGGACAAACUAGCUGCUCAAGGUGCAGUUGAUGUCUCGGGAGCAACAGCGUUGUGUAGCAGAAGAGUAGGGCAGUAUACUCUGGUUGAAAUGACCACCGGUGAGGACGUACCAACUUGCAAUGGAGACGAACAAGAAAAGAGGUCGGAAUGGGUUUGACUCUCCGGAUGACGAGAAGCUUUCAUUUUGAAGCAUUGCAAGUUGGUUGGGACAGAGUCACUUGACUGCUUGGAGAAACGAGGUGAAAUGAGGGGUAUUAUUAGAUGCCAACGUCAUGGACACAUGCCAAUCCUUGGAUCAGCUACGCCCAUCAGCAUCCACCUGCCUCUCAUGUUUGUGUUAGCGCAUUCUGUCUUUCUUUCACGACCCAGACAGGCCUUGACCUGCCUUGCCCCUGCGGCAAUCAAGGGACACCGAAGGCCUUUCUAAAAACAGGUCUGUUCCAGCCACCCAGGGUCUCUGAGGUUAAGCUAAGACUGACAUACUUUUCACUUUGACAGAGAACAACCCUGAGGGUACAAAGGUGUUUUAAAGCUCCUCCAAAAUCCUCCAGCCUGCAAAAACUCAGGAACUGUCAACUAUUAGUCAACUGCAUCCCGCCAUAAAGCAAUUACUGCCCAGGUUGCUUUUGUAUUUGCGGAGGUAGCUUGUAACACUAUUUCAAGGACCUGCUGGGGUUUGGUUUGGAGCUUUAGAACAAACACUUAAAAUAGAGCUCCGUAAUCUGGUGUAACACGAGAGCAAGAUGAUGCGCGCCUUUCAGACUCUUAGAAACUAGCCGCUACAUGUAAACGAUUAGGCAUGUUAGCUUUGGACAGUCACCUAUACUGCAGCCCUCCUGUCCUCACAAUGUCAGUCAUGUGUCUUAUUAAACGCACCAGAGACUUCUGGGAUGGGCUAUUUAUGGAGUUUCCUUAUACAUCACUGGUGUUGAUUUGUACUUUUUAUCUUUUCUUUAGCCGCUAGAAGCUAGGGAUCUUUAGUCUGAUGUCAAGACUCUUUACUAUGGCUUUUAUUUUAUUACCUUUACUUUUAUUAUAUUAUUAACGUUUCCCAAAUGAUACAACUUUAAACCGGUGACUAGUACAGAAAGGACAGACUGCAUGAACUCCUGAAUCUCAAUAUGCAACGCGUUCAGUGUCACUUUUUUCAUUUCUAUUCAAUCGCGAUGUCAGCUGGAUUUCAAAUGGAAAAGAACCAUUUCCGAGAUGAUAACUGGAUCCCACUCGUGCGGAUUAACGUGACCACAGGCUAACACAUUACUUGCCCCGCAUCCCUAUCUUCCCCUAAUAGUACUGAAAAAUACUAAUAUCCCACAGAAUUAAAACAUGAAAUACAAAUAUGAAACAUUUUUGAGGAUUUAUGAGGUUUUACGGGUCAUCACGGUCUUGAUAAACAGAGGACAUCCAUCCUUAAGAGUAGUAGUCACAAUUUCAACCUGUAGCUGCUUAUUUAGGGGAAGAUAUAUCCAUUAAAUUUCCUCAAAGAACCCGAUUGUUCACUUUUAAGACAUUACUAUUGUGAUCAGCAAUUAAUCAGUUGUUUAUUAUUAACUGGUUUGGAAGUAGCUCUCAAUGAGGAUAUUUUUAUUUCAUAAUUAUCAAAUAUCUAAUAAGCAACUACCUCUGUGCACAUUUAAAAACAGCCACCCAAAUGACCAAAAGUGCUGUACAUUAAAACUUAAACCACAAACAUAAAAAAAGAAACGUAUGAAUUUUAAAAUAAUAGUAAUAAUAAAUGCAACAGACUAUUAGUUAACAAUUAGUUUAGUACUACCUAAUACUUCCUGCGUAGUUACUUGUUGACAACAGACCUGUUAAUAUAUCACCACAAAUCUGCAGUGGAUGAACAUCCUCUUAAAACGCUGACAGAUCAUGCCCUCCAGUGGACAGACAUGCGCAGAACUCAGGACAAUGAUGGACAAUUUUUACUACUGCAAAUGUUUGUACAUCGACGUGCAAUGAAUUCAAAUGACUUUUGUUAUUUCAGCUGUAUUUGACACUUCGGGACACGUUUAAUACGUUUCUAUAAAUAUACUGCUUGUAUUUAUAUGUAUGCUAAAACUUUACUGCAAAUGUAAACAUUUGAUAUACCGCAUUAUUUUGCAUAGCAUGCCGGCUAUUUGCAAAUUAUCUUUUUUUUUGGGAUGUGAGAAUUAUCUUUUAAGGGCAGAAAUAGACAGUGCAUGUGAUUUUGAUUUAUGAUAAUGUUUCUAAAUAUAUUGUCGCUGCGGUAAUGGAUUGAAGUGCAAAAUGUGUUUUCAGAUUAAGAAAGAACUGCAAGCGCACGAUGAGUUUGUUCUUGGCGUCGCAUAUUUAAGGUGAGAUGUAAUAUUAAAAUAAGAGAUGUUUGAAAACGUACCUGUCUCGCGUGCAGCUGUUACUGCUCUCUGCCGGCGGGAGUUGAUACUGCACUCUUCCGGUUUCAACCUUUAUUCAAAUGGCUGGUUGUGGCGCGGGUCGUAAAAUGGGCGUAAUAUAGCGCCCCGGAAGUUGUCUUUGAUUGGUCAGAUCACGCUGGGCUAAAUAACAAUAAUUAUUUUAAUUCAAAUAAUCGAUGUAUUUUAUUUUUAAAGCGCUAAUAAUCUAAAACUUAUUUUACAGGUGCGAUUUUAUUGUCCAGACCGCUGCUCGAAGAGGCGCGUGGGCGGAGAUCACGUGGUAUCUGUUAGUUUUCCCAGCACUGUAGAAUA